AUGCCGGAUAUUACAAAAUAUGAUGGGACGAUGGGCCCGCAGGAGCACGUGACCUCAUAUACUUGUGCCAUAAAAGGCAACGAUGUCGACGAGGAUGAAAUCGAGUCCGUAUUGUUGAAAAAGUUUGGUGAAACACUAUCCGAAGGGGCAUUGACCUGGUACGACUAUCUGCCCGAGCAUUCCAUCACUUCUUUUGAGAUGCUCGCAGAUGCGUUUAUCAAAGCCCAUGCCGGGGCCAAGAAGGUACAGGCAAGAAAGGCGGACAUUUUUAGGAUCACCCAAACAGAUAAUGAGCUACUCCGAGAGUUUGUGAGUAGGUUCCAAAUAGAACUAAUAGAGCUUCCUUCAAUCCCAGAAGAAUGGGCAGCUCAAGCUUUCACUAAGGGAAUCAAUCCCCGAAGCUCAACUGCCUCGUUUAAAUUAAAGGAGAACUUAUUGGAAUACGAGGUAUUAAUAUGGGCCGAUGUCCAUAACAGGGAUAUUCCGAGGUUAUCAGAGUACAACUUCAACAUUAACACCACAGAUCUUGUUUCGGCAAUUGGCCAUAUCAAGGAUGCCAGAUGGCCGAGGCCAUUGAGAUCCGAUCCAGCUCAAAGAGAUCCAAGCGUGAUGUGUGAGUAUCAUGGGACUCAUGGCCAUAGAACUGAAGAUUGUCGCCAAUUGAAGGAAGAUGUGGCCUGGCUGUUAAAAAAUGGUCACCUUCGUGAAUUCUUGAGUGAGCGAGCCAAAGGCCACUAUAAAGGUAGGGAAAAUCACAAACAGGUCGAGCCCGUGGAUCCAAAAUACGUGAUCAAUUUGAUAAUUGGAGGAACAGAUGCUCCGCGGGGACCGAUGAUGAAAAGAACAAAGGUUUCAAUUGUAUGA